AUGUCCUCUACACUAGAUUCUCCCUACGGCUUAGGGUAUGGGGUCAAAGUAAACCAUGCCGGUACACACCCAUCGAUCCGCCAGCCACCCGGCUCAGCUUGUCAGUACUGUCGGAAUAAAAAACUGAAAUGUGAUGCUCGCCAACCACAAUGUGGAACAUGUUUGGCAUCAGGGGUGGAGUGCAUCCGGUCCACACAUUCUCGGAAGCGAGGGUCGCGAAAGGACCACAUGAAAGUUCUACAGGAUCGAAUAGACGUUCUCGAACAGGAUGCUCGCAAAGCGCGCUCCAGCUUCACUCCAGAUCUCGUUGACAUGGACUUCCAUAUGCAAUCGUUUGAUCUUCCGACCGAAUAUGAUCCGUUCGAGAACAUCUCGGAUGUUCCACCCUUUUCGGAGUCCAUGGACCCCCUGCCGCCACUGAUUCUUGAUGAUAAAAGCGACAACGUCCAACCUCAUCACAGUAUCCAACCAAUCAGUUUCCCGGGUCCCUCCUUGGACGUUUCCGACCUGAUGGACCAGCUGUAUUUAGAACGGACCCAUCACCUUGCUCCUAUCUUGCAUCGACAACACUAUUUCUCGUGGACUCGCUCGCCGACCAAGACGGAAGCGCAGGUUUGUUUACAGUAUGCCAUGUGGACUCUGGCUGGGUCUCUAUCAUCUCAGUUACAGCAUGUCUGUGAAUCAUUUUACCAACACACAUGCAGCCUGCUCGAUGUAUUGUCGACUCGGGACAAUGACCUCCCCCAGAUUGAGUAUGUACAGGCAUGCAUUUUAAUUCUUUACUAUGACCAGAUGAAGAAGAGCUUCCGCCGCGGCUGGACUAGUGCCGGGCGUUGUAUCCGCGCCAUCCAACUCAUGCGGCUAUUUGAGGUCGAUAGACCCCAAGGUAAGGUGGAAAGUGGUGGCUGGAUCCAUAAAGAGGAGAAACGUAGGGCAUUCUGGGUGGUAUACUCGCUGGAUAUCUUUAUCAGCUUACAAGGGGAGUGGCCACUGAGUCUCUUGGAGCAUACGAAUUUUAUUCGACUCCCGGCACCAGAAUGUGAUUUUCAGAACGGCCGCUCCGUUGAGAUGCCAUUCCUAGCAACUGUUCUGUCGUCUAAUACGUCCUCGGUAUUUUCGCCCUUCACCGAGUCGAUCAUCUUUGCCACCAUUAUCAGACGGGUCACCACAAACACCUGUGAUUGCUCAGUCAAAAGCAGUAAAAGCGUCUGGGAGAAACAGAUUUCGCUUAACAUGAUUGUACAGACGAGGCUGAAGGCACUGUCAUCCAAGUAUCAGAAUUUUGUGUUCCCAUUACCUGACGACCCCAUGCAUAUGUUCACCAUGAUGCUCGCACAGGCGAGUGUUUUGUACCUCUACAGCAUGCAACAUUCACUGGUUCGGAUGGCCCAGAAUAAUCAAAGCGCUAUAUUGACGCUAGAGCAUGAGUCUUUACUGGCUGCGGGAGAAAUACUCAGUCUUUCAACGUCUAUCCUCAACUUGAGCUUCCUUAAAGUCCACCCAUUUACCCCGUUGCUCCUCGCCAAAUGUAUCGAAUUCUACAACACUUAUUAUGACUUGGAUGAGUUCAGUCGCCCACCGAUCCAGUAG